CCCGAGGAAUUCAUACAACCUAUUGCUUUGACCUAGAUCUGAGCAUGUCUUGAAUCAUCGUGCACAGGUCGUUACAGCUGUUAGUAUCUAGGUCGGUGUAUAUCCUUGAUGGUGUUGGUAACACUUCGACAUAAGGACCAUUUGUGGCGCAGCUGUGUGGUAUGGAAACCAGAAUACAACAGACACUAGUAUUUCGCACAUUGCUGAUAUACUGUCACCGUGAAAGGUGAAUUGUAAACUAGAAAACCACGAAAGACUUCGCUACGUGCGAACACUACAAGGCAUAUAACAAAGGAAAGUUGAUCUGGAAAGAGACAAGGCACAGUGUGACAAUACACAAGAUGUCUUCAUCGAAGGACAGUGGUCCACGAGAAAGUGGAACUAACAUCAGUUUGAACGUAGCUGGAGUACAAGGUGGUUCUGUUGGACAGUCUGCUGUCACUGGGUGCACAUUUGGACCUCACACUAUCGUAAAUGAAAUCGUGUGUAUAAGAACCCCCAGCAACGACAGGGAUAAAGAAUCACUUCAAGCCCGCACGUUAUAUGAAAUAACCAACAAAACACAUCAUUGCGUGAAGACGCGGUCUCUGACUAAAGUUCUCCGAAAAUGCCAAAGAAACCAGAAAUGUGUGACUAUUACUGGAGCCCCUGGUGAUGGUAAGACAACUUUGGCCUACAUGACACUGAGAGGACUUCAACACAAUUUUGACGUCUUUGCAAUAAAAUCUGUCAAGGAAUAUUACACCAUCACCUCUGUUAAAAGUCCCAAAGAUACCUACAUCAUGAUAAAUGAUGUUUUCGGGAUGUGUGUUUUUCAGAAGGACAGUUUUGAAAAAUGGAGACCUGUUUUGGAAGAUGUCAUGUUUGAUAAGUCACCAAAAAGGCACAAUCCAAACGUACGGCACAUCAGGCUUCUUCUUGUUAGCAGAUUCAAUGUACUUCAAGAAGGAAAAGAUUACUUGCAUAAAUUUGAGGCACGAGUGAUUGCUGAAGAGUGUCUUUUUGAUCUAAAUUCCACAAAGCACAAACUUUCCUUUGAUGAAAAGGUACAGAUCUUUGAUGUUUACAACACACAACAACUGAUUGAUGAGGAUACAAGGGACACAGUAUGUAAGUUAUCAUCCUUGCAUGGAUUUCCAAACUGCUGCUCAAUGUUUUUCAAUAUAAAUCAAAUGUCGUGCGACCCGACACAGUUUUUCAAACAUCCAAUUGGGGUCUUGAUGGGAACUACAAAAGAACUCAUUGCUGAAAACGAUUCAUAUAAGAAGUUAUUUAAGGAGAUCAUUCAAAUGGAUGGAGAGCUGGACCUUAGCACAAUUCGUCAAAGAAGGCCACUUUUGACAGAUGAAGAGAGGAAGGGGGCAAUGAAUAACCUGAAAGGAAGUUUCAUUGAAGAGCAAUAUGAGAGUGUUGUCUUUAAGCAUCCCUCGAUAUUUGAAACUGUUUCCUUGGCUAUAGGGACAAGGGAUCCCCUCUUUGUCAUAGAACGUUGUAGCAUGACAUUUUGGAUUCAUCAUGUGAGAUUAAAGCCUUCUUGUGCUAAACAUGUCGUCGAUACCAAGCAAUCCAUAGUACAGAUUGGAAGAGAAUACAUUAAAGACAUCACACAACGAGUUGCAAAGGAACUGAUGAGAGGAAACUUGAGGAAAACACUUAGGCAUGAUAUAUUCAAUGAUGCUGACUUUGUUAAAGGCAUUUUUCAGUUCAUAAAAGACCGUUACAACUGGGAAGAACUGUUAUUCUCCCACCAUGGAAAGAACCUGCCAUCACACCUUGAAGAGAAUCCUCCACCAACGUCUCUUCAAAAAGCACAUUUGGGCGGGGGCUCUGAAACACUGAUUGACAAAAGAUCCUUCUUGUUCCUCUGCACCAGUAGUACAUCCAAGCAUCUGCUGAGCCUCAUCCAUAAAGCAUUUCCUCUCCCCAAAUUUGCGGUUGAGAAUUUAUUAUUUGGGGCAUGCCAGAACAAUGCAACGAGUUGUGUUUCAUUCAUUUUUACUGCCUUUCCAAAUGUUAAUGUCAACAUUGUGGCUGCAGAAGGAGAUACACCUUUAAUUGUUUCCUCAGUUAAAGGAAACUUCAUCAUUUUGGAUCUCCUGAUGAAGCAUGGUGCAAAUCCUAAUGCUGCCAAUCGAUGGAAUUUGACACCUCUUCAUUAUCUUUGCGCAACAGGACAUUUGGAUGGCGUACAGAUGAUGAUCCCAAAGAUCCAGGACAUCAACAAAGCUGGUGGACAUCAUGAUAAUACAGCACUGCAUGAAGCAGCCAAGCAUCAGUCAGAUCGAAGUCAGGCCUGUGUACAGCUGCUUAUAGAAGGUAACGCUGAAAUUAACCUGAAAAAUAACAUUGGUGCCACGCCAAUGCAUGAAGCUGCUAAGGCAGGUAACAGUGAGACGGUAAAAUACCUUCUUGAAGCAGGGGCUUAUCCUCAUUCAGAAGACAACAAUAAGGCAAGCCCAUUGAUGAGCGCUUGUCACAGUGGAAGCUUUGAUAUAGUUGAAGUCCUCCUGAACAAAAAAGCAGACCUAAAUAAACAGGAUGUGCAUGGAUAUACCGCUCUCCACCUUGCCUCAAACUCUGGCUACAAGGAUAUUGUGCGCAUCCUGCUGCAAAGAGGUGCACAUAUGAAUAUCUUGAACAAAGGCAAGAAAACAGCAUUUCAUGUUGCUUGUGAAGAAGGAAACGAGGAGAUUGUUCAGAUCUUUAUAGAGUUUGAUGUCGACAUUCAUCACAGGAAUUAUAACACAUCACCUUUUCAUUUGGCUUGCUAUAAUGGCCAUGUCGAUGUUGUGCGCAUACUUAUUGAUGCAGGAGUGGACAUAGAAGAAACAGACAGGUACAAAACGCCUUUGGUCAUUGCUUGUGAAGCACGGCGGCUAAGCCUUCUUGAGUUCCUCAUGGACAGAAAUGCAAAUAUAAAGGUUUUAGAUACAGACCUAAACACCCUCCUUCAUAGGGUUGCAUGGCAUGUACAUGGUGGCCAUACAGAUGUCGCAGAAAUCCUUCUGAAUCACGAUAUGGAUGUCAAUGCAAGAAACCGUCAUGGCAGAACACCAUUGUAUCUUGCUUGUGAAAGCGGGCACGUUGGUUUAGCCAGAUUAUUUGUAUCAAGAAAAGCAACUCUACAAUGUGACAUCAGCAAUACGACUCCCUUGCAUGAAGCAUGUUAUCCUGUUCACACCCCAAUUGUUCCAGAGAGAAAACAAGAUAUUACCCUCAUCUUGAUUCAAACAGGGACCUGUGUAAAUACCCAAGACAAAUAUGGACAGACUCCUCUGCAUUAUGCCUGUAACAGUGGCUACCAUUUCGCAGAUAUACCAGAUUCACAAAAAUUCCUCAGGGUGCUUCACAAUGCUCAGCUGCAUAAGGUUAUGCAUCUUCUUCAACACGAUGCCAACAUAAACAUACAGGACAAUUCAGGACGCACUCCUCUCCAUAUAGCAUGCGAUCCACCAGAGCUUGCUUUCUUUUUGGGUGACCAUGCUGAGUACAAGGAACGAUAUUACACAUUGAGGGCAGAGCUCGUAAAUGCUCUGAUUAACAGUGGAGCCGAUGCAAACAUCUAUGAUACGAAAAACAUACCAGCACUUCAUGGUCAUUUUGAAAGACACCUUGGCGGUAUGUACACUCAUUCACACGCAAAUAAUGCAUAACCGUUAAUGUUCUGGCGUAUCUGGCGUCCUUGGUGUCCCUGAACAUUGGUAUUGAAGUCAAUACACAUUCCACACCUCACCUUUCAUAUUCAUUUUAACUUGAGUUUCUGUUCUGUGGAUUUGAACACUUAUGUUAAGAGUAACAGUACAACAAGCAACACAAUGUACCUCUGUAUAUUAUUUCAUCUUGUUCAAAACAUUUGUUUUCCAUGUCCUUCAAUUCUACUUGUCCAGUUUGUAACUUGUUGAAAAACCUGUAUGACAAACAACACUGAGGCGUUUGAAUUGAAACUGGAUAUCUGUUAUUCAAACCUGUGGUUCGGGGAGCUUGGGACAACUACGGAAAAAGACUAAGGAACUCUGCAUGUCUAAUUCGUAGUAUACUGUUCGCCUGUGCCACCUAGAACUGUAACUGAUAAUGUCAGGAUGUAUAUGUUGCCUACGGAGGACGUCAUUUGUAAUGUUUUUACGUGUUACCUUGAGUACCCAAGCUCUUAAAAUGUAAAUAUUAUUCGGUACCUGUUUAUAUCAUAUCACCUUACCGACUGACAGAUGGUGAAACCAGAGGAAGACCUUCACUAAACCGAACAAGUCCGAAAGAAAAGAUUUGAUGUUUCAACAGGAAUACAAUCAAUUUCGCUAAAAAUAUAACACCAAUAGAUCCCUCUUACAGACGGAUCCAAACAAUCGGUUAUACAUAUUUGGGUUGUCAGUCAAGACGAUGUCGUAAUGGCCAUUGUCGGUUUACCCACGAAUAUCUGCUUAAAACAGAUAAGGUAGAACCUCCCGUGUGUAUCCCUUGUGAUGGAAGGCUCGUCGUCAAGCAUAGUUGGCUUAACUGUAUGGGCUUUGCAAUUGCAAGUGACUGAGUGAGUGAGUGAGUGAAUACUUAACGUCAUCUUCAGUAUUUCAGCCAUAUCGUGACGAGAGCAACUUUGACGUUGAUAAGGAAUACGUGUAUACUAUAAAACCUGUCGUCAAAUACAGUAAAACAACUAGAGUAUCACAGCUAGAAUUAAAACUCGCAUGUAAAGUUAAAACUAAUAGCACUAUCUGGACAAUACACAAUAUGCAAAACAGGCUAUACAUCGCCAACAGCUGAAGGUAUAGUGUACGAGGGCUAUCAAAAUGUUUUGAGCCUAAAAUACUUCUGACAUGUGCAUGAUAGAAAUAACUCUAUGAUAUUGAAGAAUGAUUUAUAUCAUUCACAUAAACGUAAUGUUGACAUGCACAUGUCGCUUGUUUCCGGACACGUGACAUCUAAUCAUAUGUACCCCUAUUGGAACGGCAGAAAUGGAAAAGCUUGAGUACACAGCAGUCAUAAAAAGUUUGGUCCUCGAGGGCCACCCGGCGAAGCACACUGAACAGCGAUUGACAGCAGCCCGAGUACCCCAUUUUAAAAUGACAAUAAUACUACAAUUAAAAUGGUUGGUAGAUCAAAUGUUACUUUGAAAGUUUUGGGUCUUAGUACCCUCUCAGAAGGACGAUAAUUUUACAAUACUUUAAGCCCCUUUGAGGAAUCAUCCACCCACAAUCGUGGUUGCUAGUCUAAUCUAUCAAUUACAAAAUAACACAUGUCUAUUUACAAAACAAGUCAAUAAAAAUGUUCAUUCAUUUCGAUUUCUUUUAUAAACGCAAUAAUUAAACGAAAAUUGACUUUUUAAUAAGGCCCUUCAUGGAUAAAGCUUUGAGAUAUUGAUCCCUUGUGAUGGAAAAAUCAAUGCAGUCAAGUCGGACAUGCUCGGCCGUGAUUCUUUAUCACCAGGGAUACAAAAUGGAGGACCCUCAUCUUAUAAGCAAAUAUUCGUGUGUAUAUCUUGAAUGGCUAAUACGACAUCGUCGCAUAAUGACAAUCUAAGUAGGCAUAACCAAUAGUUGAUUUAAUUUCGUGUAGUUAAUUGAUACAUACCUGAGUGUCCCACUUCAUCUGCAUCAGAUCACGGAUGUACGAUCUAAUGAUAGCUUUGGAAUCAGAGUAUCGAAUGAGAAUUGGUGUCAGAGAUUUGUUGAGUACUGCCUUGGCAUAAAAAUCGGCCAUUGUGUUCCCAGAAAUUCAAACAUGGCUGGGUAACCAACAGAAGACGUAUUGUCGUAUUGGCCAGUAG